CGCAGAUGACGCAGAAAUCCCGGAAGAGGACAGGUGCGGCGUUCAGCGAAUAUUAUAAUGAGGAAAGUGCUUCAAAGUUUCUCUUGUUGACAUAUGGAGUCGGACAAAGAGUUUAAAUGUGCGACUUUUGUGUGAGAUUGGUAUCGGAAAAGCUAAGGGAUGGGUUUGAGCACAGCCCUCGGAGAAUCCUACACGGAUAAUCUCAUCGGUACUUUACUUGCCAUUUUUGGAAACUUGUUGGUCAGCAUCUCUUUAACAAUUCAGAAGCUGGGCCAUUUGACCUUGGCGGGCACCAAUGAUCCUCGAGCUUUCUACCGCACCAAAACCUGGUGGUGUGGUUUUAUUCUCACUUGUCUGGGAGAGUCGGCCAAUUUCACCUCCUAUGCCUUUGCCCCUCUGUCUCUUGUGGCACCGCUCAAUGCAGUGUCUCUGCUCUCAAGCUCAAUUCUGGGUUUUAUAUUCCUGCGGGAAAAGUUGAAGGCUAAAGAAUUUGCAAAACGUUACGGCUUGUCAUUUCUCGGGUGCCUACUGACCAUUGGAGGAUCUUAUCUUUUUGUAGCUUUCGGACCAAACGCUCAUGAAAGACUUGAUGCAGAGAUUGUUGUGAAGCACCUUGUGGCUUGGCCUGUUCUUUUAUAUCUGUUCCUUGAGGUUAUCACAUUCUGCCUGCUCCUCUACUUCUACAAAAGACGACGUUGUAACUACCUCGUUAUCAUUCUACUUCUAGUAGCUUUGCUGGGCUCUGUGACCAUGAUCACUGUGAAGGCAGUGUCAGCCAUGUUGGUUCUGACAAUUGAAAAAUCUAUGCAGUUGGAAUACCCUAUUUUCUAUGUCAUGUUUGUGUGUAUGUGCUCGUCAGUGAUUUUCCAAGCCAAGUUUCUGUCUCAAGCUUGUGCUCUUAAUGACUCCUCUCUGAUCGCAAGUCUCAAUUACAUCAUUUCCACUGUCUUCGCCAUCAUAGCCGGUGCGGUAUUUUAUGAGGAAUUCAAUCAUGAAGACAUUCUUCAUAUCUGCAUGUUUCUGUUGGGAACGGCUAUUUGUUUCCUGGGAGCAUUCCUCAUCACUCGGAACAGGAAGAGGACCAAAGCCUUCGAGCCCUAUGUGACCAUGGACGUGGCUAAUGGUGUCCCAACACUCCACUGCAAACGCUCGGUGGUCCAGCCUGAAAGCUCUUUCUCUUAUGGUGCACUGGUAAACGAGAACUCCUCUGCUUCUGUUCCAGUCCACUCACAGCAUCCUCCGGUCAACUCCCACUCUGCCCCGACCUCUCCCGUAACACUGGACCUUAAGACAGACUAAUUUUAAAUGCUACCUAUGGCGUUGUUAUUUAUGUUUUAAAUAAUGUAAAAAGAAGAAACUCAAAUCACCACAUUGUAAUAUUUUGUAUAUUUGGUUAUCUGUCACUUUGAAAUGAUAACUGUGCCUUGGUAUACUGCACAUAUAUACCUUUUUUAAGUUAUAAUGCAACUGACUGCCAGUGUAUGAAAUGAAAUCAUACAGCUAUGCCUUCUUCCAUUCCUCACUUUCACAAUAUCAGCUCUUUGGGUAUCAGCAGAAUGUCUUGCCCGGUCAGCCAAAACGGCACACAUUUGAGCAAAAUAAAAAAGGUACUGGCUGGUCGGGUGAACAGCAUUCACGGUUUUAUCUGCAUUACUAAGACACACCUCCAGUGUGUUCUCUUUAAUAUGAAUGUUCUCCUUUUCCUCAAACCAAAAAGUGUGAUUCAGAUUAAAAUGCGUGCCUUUCUUUUUUAACCUGGUUUUAACCCACUGCCUUCAGUGACUGCAGCACUGUUGUUUCAUUGUAUUAUUCUGAUUGUAAAGUGACUGGUGACUGGUGUUUAUAAAUACAUUACAAUUAAAAGAUUAUUACGAAAUG